AGAACGUCAUGGCGUCGUACCGACGUAGACUGACGUAGACAGACGUUCUACACAUCAGUCUCUCACUGCUGAAUGUUUAUUGUUUGAGGUAGCUAACGUUAGAGCCGCAGUCAACAGCAGGUAGGAUGUUGCGGCUUCGCUGUAAGACCAAAAAUGGGAGCCACAUAAUGCAGGGCUUAACUCAUCAGUCCUGUGUGCAAGAGCUAAAGAGCAAGGUGGAGGAGCUGACUGGUAUCCCCUGUGAUGUGCAGAAAAUUAUGGUUGGUUAUCCACCCUCCAGCCUUGAUCUUAAAAAUGGAGAUGCUCACCUCAAAGAUUACCCCAUCAAAUCCGGAGACACACUCAUUGUUGAGGAAGAAAAAAACAAGCCAAAGCCUCGUCAGGAUCACCCCACUGUGACUAAAGCACCACGCCUGGAACCCUCACCCGUGCUGGCGCGUCGAGUGGUCCCAGCUGACAACUCCUGCCUCUUCACCAGUGUGUAUUAUGUGGUGGAAGGCGGUGUGUAUGACCCUGCUUGUGCCCCUGAGAUGCGAGGCCUCAUCGCCCAGAUCGUGUCAAGUGAUCCCACAGCUUACUCGGAAGCGGUGCUGGGAAAGACCAAUGAGGAGUACUGCUCUUGGAUAAAACGUGACGACACCUGGGGGGGAGCCAUCGAGGUGUCUAUCCUGUCCAAGUUUUACAAAUGUGAGAUCUGUGUGGUGGACACUCAGACAGUCCGAGUGGAUCGGUUUGGGGAGGAUGCUGGCUACCACAAACGCGUGCUGCUCAUCUACGACGGCAUCCACUACGACCCCCUGCAGAAAGAAACACCCGGCUCUGACGCACCGCCCCAUACUAUCUUCUCCACCACUGACGACGUAAUCCUGGCGCAGGCCCUCGAGCUGGCAGAUGAGGCUCGACGCAAGCGGCAAUUCACGGACGUUAACCGUUUUGCGUUGCGCUGCAUGGUGUGCCAGACGGGCCUGGUGGGACAAAAGGAAGCUCGCGAGCAUGCCAAGGAGACAGGCCACACCAAUUUUGGCGAAGUGUGAACACGGUUUUGUCUUUUCUCCCUCCUCACAAAUACAACUAUUCUGUCAAUCUGCUUGUGUGAUCCUCUACCUCACAUUGUCCAGCAACAUCUGUGGAGAAUCUGCAGACACUGUGUGCAGCCUCUAACCUGUUCAGUAUUACUUUCUAACUGCUGUCAGUUCUCAAAGUCAGAAAUGCUACUGCAGCGCUCCGAUGUCUUCAAACCGUCAUUUUAGUCUGUUUAGAGAUGGUUUCAAAUGUGUUUUUAACUGGGUCAAGGAAAAUAUGCAAACCAUUCUUAGGAUUUGUCUUCUUCUCUUUCGGUAACUCGAUGGCUGGGUUGUAUUGAUAACAAACCAAAUAGUGGCUGAUGUGUUGUCAAUUAGAAAAUGCAUCAAAUAGCCAUUAUUUACCUGUGACUGACUAAAGGUAUACUUGAUAAAACCCUGCCAUUUGGCUCUAGAAUAAGUUUAAAACAACCACUGAGAAUUCUUUGCACUAUGAUGUGAUCCUAUUCACUGUUGUCUUAAGCGCGGCACACACAGUAUGACUGUUAUUCAUCAUGUUGGUUAUGUAGCAUGUUUUUUAUUUCUCUUCCAAUACUAAAAACUGAUAAUUAAGUCAAUGUGGAUGUCCAAAUUGUUCAGCACAGCACAGGUGGGCUGUGUUAAUGCUAAGCUGGAUUAAUUGUUAUACAUGACAUCUCUUUGAUUUUACUGAGCGGUGGCCAUUCAGAUUGAUUGGAUUUUUUAUUUUUCCCGUGCUUUUUUUGAUGUUGCAACAUGGUUGAUCAGUGAUCUCAUUUUAGAUUUGACAGAAGAAAUAAUGGUGCUGAAAACAAAAUCUGUAGCUCUUAGUUUUUUCUUCAUGGGUACGGCAGUUUUUCAGGAGUGUAAUUUUUAAUUCUAGUGUGUAAUUUUCAAAUGUCAUCAUGCUGAAAUCUUUUAAAAAAUUGUGUUUGUUUUACAUGGCUGCUUAUUUAAAAAAACAACACUUUAAGCGGGAUGAGGUGUUUGAGCGUUGUAUUUCAGAACACGAGUUAUGAUGAGAGGGGAGUGUAGUGACUAGAAAUCUGAAACGAGUGAGUGCAAGACAUGCCGUAUGAGAUACAUCCUGCUCACUUAAUGCAUUUACAGUACUGUUUAGGUACAGUCCAUACAUUGUGUUUAGCUAAGCAGCAAUGCUGUGAAUGCUUAUUCAGCAUUAACCAUUUACCUUUGCAAUUUUAAUUUCAGUUGACAUUUGCAGCCUAAAACUAUAAGUUAAAGGCCAUUUUGGUUUAACAUGUAGUGCAUGUUGGCCAUAAAAAGCACCAUUCUGUUUCACUGUAUGUUUUGCACAACUGGAGCAUGUUCUCACAUUUUAGAAAUCAUCUCUGUACUAAUUCCUUUAAUACUAUACUCACUGCCGAGAAGAAUGAAGCACACACUUGUUUAUGUUGAACCACAGCUCAAAAAUGUUACAUUUGCCAUUAAGAUAGUUGUAGGAUUAGCUUUUUUUCCUUAAAGCCCAGUUUAUUGUGGCUUCAUGUUGUGCAGAACCAUUAUUUCUACUUCACAUACAGUAUAUAUGGUGACAAUACUGGUACCGAGUUGUUGCCAAAAAAAUGGAGUUUGACAGUGAACGACUUUGAUUGGGGCUUCUUUCUUUUGUUGAUUUGUCUUUUAGACUCCGAGAUUAACAAAAGGCAUAAAUGUCAUUUGAAUGUGAAUUACUAUGAUUUCCCCCUUCAUUUAUUACCUAUUAGGUAGUUUAUUUUAACAUUGAUUAUGGAUUAGUCAGCUUGCAUAAAAGUAAAACUAUGAAAUGGCUUUGUUGUAUUUUAUAUUUACCAAGUUCUCAUGACUCUUUAAGGACAAUAACAAUGAAUGUUGCACACAAAGCACUACAGAAUAACUGGAUUUACUUGAUUUUUUUUUUUCUCUUUCAGUGUUGUGUCACAAUUAAAAGUUAUAGCCGAUGA